AUGUGGUGCGCGUUGCGAGGGUCGCGUGUGGCAACGCCUGCCCGGAGGCUUACCCGCCUCCGGCGGGUGAGGCGGAGCGGCGCCCCGGGCUGUGGCUGCGGCGCCUGCCUCAGAGUUUCGCCUUCCCACUCCCCUCUUCGCCCCGCGUAGGCUGCUGUGGUUUUCGUUUUAGUCGCCUCGACCCGCGGCUGGCGUUCUGAAAACCCAUUCACCUAGCUCCCGGCCCCGAACCAGCUCGCUAACUCAGUGUUGUGCCUCCGACAUUUGGUCCUGUUGUCGAGGGGACAGCGCAGAAAGUGUGGCUAAGCUAGGCGAAGCUGCUGUGGAGGCAUAGGAGGAAUCACCGAAAACCUUUAUUUUAAGCCGGAAGUCACAUUAACUUUAUCCUAGAAGACAACUUUACAAGGAUCUAGACAGAACAGGAUUAAAGAUGACUGAAUACUGAGCUCCAGAAACUUAAAACAAUCAGGGACUGCACAGGACUGAGUCCAUAUGGAAGAAGAGCUUUCCCUUUCCUAUGGAGAAAGUGGCAAGCCAGUACAGGCUACUCUGUCAUCUUUGAAGAUGUUAGAUGUGGGAAAGUGGCCAAUUUUCUCCCUUUGUUCUGAGAAAGAACUGCAGUUAAUUCGUCAGGCCUGUGUCUUUGGCAGCGCUGGCAAUGAAGUUUUAUAUACUACAGUAAAUGAUGAGAUUUUUGUGCUUGGCACAAACUGCUGUGGCUGUUUGGGAUUAGGUGACGUCCAGAGCACCAUUGAACCUCGGAGACUGGAUUCUUUAAGUGGCAAAAAAAUAGCCUGCCUCAGCUAUGGGAGUGGCCCCCAUAUUGUCCUUGCCACAACAGAAGGAGAAGUCUUUACCUGGGGUCAUAAUGCUUAUAGCCAGCUGGGCAAUGGGACAACUAAUCAUGGUUUAAUGCCCUGUCAUAUUUCUACUAAUUUGUCAAACAAACAAGUCACUGAAGUUGCCUGUGGGUCUUACCAUUCUUUGGUGCUAACAUCUGAUGGAGAGGUAUUUGCCUGGGGUUAUAACAACUCCGGGCAGGUAGGAUCUGGAUCAACAGCCAAUCAGCCAAUCCCUCGAAGAGUCACAGGCUGCUUACAGAAUAAAGUAGUUGUGAACAUAGCAUGUGGGCAGAUGUGUUCAAUGGCAGUGGUGAACACUGGCGAGGUCUAUGUCUGGGGUUACAAUGGAAACGGGCAGCUUGGACUUGGCAGUAGUGGCAACCAGCCAACCCCCUGUAGAAUAUCGGCUUUGCAAGGCAUUCGUGUCCAGCGGGUUGCCUGUGGCUAUGCGCACACAUUAGUGUUAACAGAUGAAGGCCAAGUGUAUGCUUGGGGUGCAAAUUCUUACGGCCAGUUAGGCACUGGCAAUAAAAGUAACCAGUCCUAUCCUGCACCUGUCGUUGUGGAAAAGGACAGCAGCUGCUGCCGUCAGCCAAGCCCGUGCCCCACCCCUGACUUCCCAUGUGCUGCUAGGUGUUCCAGAAUUAUAGAGAUUGCAGCCUGCCACUCAGCCCACACAUCGGCUGCCAAGACCCAGGGCGGGCACGUGUACAUGUGGGGCCAGUGCCGGGGCCAGUCCGUGAUCCUGCCUCACCUCACGCACUUCUCCUGCACCGACGACGUGUUCGCCUGCUUCGCCACUCCUGCUGUCUCUUGGCGCCUCCUGUCCGUGGAACCUGACGACCACCUGACGGUGGCAGAGUCGCUCAAGAGGGAAUUUGACAACCCCAGUACAGCAGACCUGAAAUUCCUGGUGGACGGAAAGUACAUUUAUGCACAUAAAGUCCUUCUCAAAAUUAGGUGUGAGCAUUUUCGUUCUUCAUUGGAAGACAACGAGGAUGAUAUCGUAGAAAUGAGUGAGUUUUCGUAUCCUGUUUACCGAGCCUUCCUGGAAUACCUGUAUACAGACAGCAUCAGCCUUUCCCCCGAGGAGGCAGUAGGAUUGCUGGAUUUGGCUACCUUUUAUAGAGAAAAUCGUUUGAAAAAGCUCUGCCAACAAACUAUCAAGCAAGGAAUCUGUGAGGAGAAUGCCAUUGCCCUGCUUUCAGCUGCUGUGAAGUAUGAUGCUCAGGAUUUAGAAGAAUUCUGCUUCAGGUUUUGCAUAAAUCAUUUGACUGUAGUAACACAAACUUCAGGCUUUGCAGAAAUGGACCAUGAUCUUCUGAAGAACUUUAUCAGCAAAGCAAGCAGAGUUGGAGCCUUUAAAAAUUGAUCCUCAUCUGCAAGAAAGAAUUUUUGUGGAGUUUUAUGUCACUGUAAAACAGUUCUCUUAACCUGGCACAGAAUAAUUAUAAAGUACUAGCUGAAAAGGAACUCAUACUUACAUUUCAUGGACAGCAUUAAGAAGAAUGAGAUAAAUUUAUACUUUUUCGGUCAAAACAAGUUACCAACUGCAAAAGAAAAACUGGAACGGGAUGUAGGAUGUAGUGUCAGAUUCCUCUAACAUGGGUUUCACAAUAUGGUAUGUAUUUCACAAUAUGAUAUUAUGUAAAGAAAACUCUUUUGGAAUUAGAAACCUUGUUCUGAUGCUGAACUAUUUGAUAAUAAAGUACUUAUUUGUAGAUAAUA